AGGACUUAUACCAUAAUUAAGACACUUCUAGAGAACACAGCAGCUGCUCGAAGCCGCUCUUCUCCAUUUAAGGUCAUGCCACGCUUUCAGGAUUUCGUGGAGGAGAUCGUAUCAGAUGACGAGGAAAGCAACAAGGCCAACAGGGCGCCUGUGAGCAGUACUUGUACUCCUUCUGUUGGCUCAGCUCCUCGUGUCGGACAGCCUGUGACACAAGAGGUGAUUGCCUUGUCAACCAAUGUCAAUCGUGGCAACAUGAGCCAAGAGGCCUUCAAUCAGAAGUUGACCCAUUUGCAGAUUCAAAACAAGCGAAUUGGUGAUCUAGAAGGGUUGAAGCUGGUGCCUGGUGUUUACGUCCUGUACGCUUACGACAACCUCAUCUCGAGCCUUGCAGGAAUUCAGAGUUUGAGGCGUUUGCAGCAGCUCUACCUGCAAAACAAUAGGAUAACAACCAUGGCAGGGCUCGAGGGUCUCAGCAUGCUGCAGAAGUUGCACCUGGGACAUAACAGGUUAGCCCGGAUUGAUUCACUGGAGAGCUGCACCCAAUUGGAGGAGCUGCUGGUACCUCAUCAGCAACCGCCGGUCGAAGCACCACUCCAGUUCUGUCCCGCGUCAAUGGCGGCCAUCUCAUCGACUUUGGUCCUCCUCAACACAGCUGGGAACCGACUGAAGGAGCUUCAGGAGCUCCUUCCGCUCAGACGUUUGACCAGUCUGGAUUUAUCGGAAAACAAGAUACCUCAGGUGGGCGAGCUCAAGGACCUGAUCUCAGGAGACUGUUUGCGUCGCAUCAAUCUAUUGGGGAAUCCCUUUGCCGCCCAAGAGCGUCGCUAUCGAACUGCUGUGGUCCUUUGCAGCACUGCCAUCGAGGACGGAUUUGUCUCCGGCCGGGAGACGUUCCAUGUCCAUGAAGCGGUGGACAUUGCAUACGUAAAUGUCGCCUGGUUCCAAGGCAUAGAAAUGCCUUUACUUUUGUGACAUGUGAUAUAUCUUUGUUUUCUGAUGUUUUCUGAGUCACCAAUUGAUCUACUUACUCUGGGACAAGCUCCGAUAGAAGCCUGUCGUGGAUUGCAGAACACGGGUCCUGUUCUCACAACUACAAUAGUAGGUUUGCAUGACCCGUUCAUGGUUUCUCCCAAAGAGCGCAUGGGGAUAUUACUGUAAGCCAAGGUUGUGCGCACAGAGCCCUAACUUGCCAAUCAUGUUAAACACGUGAUACAUCCCCGGUGACAUUUGUAGUACCUUUGCGUAGUGGUGGAGGUGUUUUUGCCAUCAAAGACGUUUGCUGCUUGAGGUGGUUGGCAGGGGCAAAAAGUACAAACAUGUGAAGGUCACUGAGCAAGAUGCUGGCAAAUGUAUCUCCAGGCAAAACGGACACAAAAUACGAAGGGAAAAUGCGAGACGGUCCACAGAACUUUCGGCAACGUGUUUAGCGGCGAUGGCUUCGCCAAAGCGGCUUUGAGGUUCAUAGAAGUUACAUGAAGUUACUCUCUUGAUCUUUUCUGCACUGUCUUGGUCUUGCAGUAGCCAAACAUGUGAUCUUUGCGCUGUUGCUGUUGUUGUUUGACCCCUACCUCUUCUAAAAGCAAUGGCAGCAGUAAUCCUCAGACACACAUGUACUCGAACCGAACGAAGCCUCUUGCGCGAUCAGAAGGUGCAGUUUGGAAAGCUUUUGGUUUGAAUAAGGUGGUGUGCCGUGUGCCUGUUUAAUGAGAUUGAGGAUAUGACAAGUCUCAUGAGCUUCAUGUUGAGCUCCAUGAGCAAGGCAGAAUAUGGAUACGUUUUGCUGCUGGACGCGGCAUUCAUAGAGAGAGAGAAGCGACGAUAUUGAUAUGAAGAAGGUUUGUCUCCUUGCAAGCGGCCAACACGUGAACCAAGGAUCGGGGAAUGGCCCUUCCCAAAAGGGCUUUCCUUUCAAGCCAGGCACAUCAUGAGAUCAAACAGUGUUGAGAAGAUCUCAAAAGGACCAUUUGUGGAGAAGGUUCCUGUCAAAAGCGGCUCGUCUCACAAAUCUUCUGAUCCACCGGCGGAGGUUUUCUCGAUGUAUUUUCGUCGUAGACGACAUGGUGAGGUGAACAAAAGUGGUCCCCAAAGAGAUAGUGGCACGGUGUCCAAUACAUUGUAAGUGGGAUCCGGAUUCUACUUUUCUAUCUAGACAUGGGGGUCAGGAGGAAGUCCGACCUUUGGUGCGGAGAGAGGGAGGAGCUCUUGUUGAAUGAAAGGAGUUCGGUGCAGAAGGACUGAUGCAUAACCUCCGAUGGAGAGCCUGAUUAGAUCCACCACACAAAAAAAGGCCGUGUUUAAUGAAAACGGAAGGAAUGCUGCAUGAAGGAGGUGUGCACUGGGUAAUGUAGACUCUUGACUAACACCCGAUAUUAUCAGAGGUGUUUCGUGCAUCCAAGUCGGGGGCGUUUGGAAUCAACUUCCUGUGCAUUCAUCGGUCCGGAAGUUGACGAAAGCACCUGACAUCGCCAGUUGGACGCGCGGCGGAACUCGCACGUUUCGUGGAUUCGGCACGAGACGGGAAUCCACGAUGGAUCGUUCGCAGCGUAUCGGAGUUCUCACGAAUGUUUGCUGAUUACUGUAUGUAUUUGUUUUAAUUGUACGCUUUUGAUAUGUCUCUGCCGCUUUGCAUGUAAAGGCUGGCAAGGUGGUAGUAAGCUAUGCAUGUGAGAACUGCGAACAUAGAACUCUAACUAUACAAAUGUGUGUAACCUUGAACUGAUUUGCUUGGUGGCUUCUCUGCCAGAAUCUCGAACGCCGCAUGACAGUUUGCUCUGAAAGGAAAUCGAUGGUCGAGAAGUGCUCCCACAGGAGCGCGACUUUGUGCGACGCUUGGACGAACAAAAGCGAAAACUCAACGCACAGCGGAAGCGCCACUUGAAUCGUGUCGCUUCCGACGGACGACCGCGAAUGCCUGGGACUUUGCCAGAGAAGGGAACAGGCCGCCAGUUGAUGGGAGCAGAAGGUGAAACCUUAGGGCUGCAGGACCUCAGACUCUGAGGACAGCGCCAUGAAUGUGGUGGUUCUGACCCUGAGUGUCACAGCUGGACAAAGGGAACUGUAGAUAGAAAAGGCGUCACAACUUGCUCGUCCAGGGCAUUGAAUUUAACUUGCCCAAAUCGGGAAUGGCUCAAGAAAGGGGUACCAUCUAA